UCCUCCCUUUCCUCUUUUUUUAUUUUUUGACUUUGCCUCCCUUUCCUCUUAAUCAUACUUUCUUUCCUUCUUCCUGCAACUCCCAACGUCUCUUUUGCAAUCCCAAAGGAAAAGGAAUUAAGGAAAAGCCAAUCCACCGACCAGAAAAUUGCUUUGCUUGUAAUCUAAUUUGCUUCUCACUUUCUUGCACCGUGCCACCGUCGGCGACCACCGAAAAAAGGCUGCCCUCCGGUCACCACUGUCCACUGCUCUGGCAGUUUAUUUCCUUUUAUUUUCCAGGUGCCAUUGUUCCCUUUAACUCCUAUGGUGUUAUAUUAUUUGAUAUCAAUUAUAAUAUGUUGCCGAGAAAACAUUUAUCAGGAAGUGAAAAAAGAAAAAAAAGUGAUGAUAUAAGGAAAUCACAACAACGAGCUCUUGAUAAAUUUGUUUUGAAAAAGGAUGGUUCUUCUUCUCAUGACAAUUUGAAUCGAUCAAAUGAAAAUUUAGACAAUGAGAAAAAUAAAAUUGAUGAUUCUAUUGACCAUAAUUUUGUGCCAAAUGUGUCUAAUAUUGAAGAAGAAGAAGAAGAAGAAGAAGAAAUUGUUACUCUUACUAAAGAAAAUGAGACUAUUCCUCAUAUUGAUAUUUAUGAUCCUAGAAAUUGUAAUAAUCUUGAUACCAAAGCAAUAGACAUUUUAGUUGAAAAAGGCCCUAUAAGAGAAAUGAAUUGUGAGUUUCCCGUAGAUAAAAAUUCUAGACAUUUUUCAUAUGCAUAUUAUUCUAGAAAGCUUAGCAAUGGUGAGACUAGUGAUAGAAAAUGGUUGGUUUAUUGCAAAUAUGUUGAUAAAGUAUAUUGCUUUUGUUGUAAGUUGUUCAAAUCUAUUAGUAAUGUGAGUUUAUUGGCAAAUGAGGGAUUAAAUGAUUGGAAACAUAAACUCCAACAACAUGAACUUAGUGUUGAACAUAUGUCUAAUAUGAAGACUUGGAAUGAAUUGAGAAUGAGAUUGAAUACAAAUGAAACCAUUGAUAAAUAUGUGCAAGAUGAAAUUAUGAAAGAGAAAGAGCGUUGGAGACAAGUUUUACAUAGAAUAUUUUCUGUUGUGAAAUGUCUAGCUAAACAUAAUCUUGCCUUUCGUGGUUCCAAUGAAAAAUUAUAUCAAGAUAGCAAUGGUAAUUUUUUGGGAUUGAUUGAAAUGAUUGCAGAAUUUGAUGUGGUAAUGCAAGACCAUGUUAGAAUUCUUGUGUUAAAGCUAUUUCAUUUUUUGGAGUUAUUCAACGCAUAUAUUCAUUGUUUUCGGGUUCUACAAAAAGAUGGAGUAUUUUGCUUGAUAAUGUGCCUGGUUUAACUGUGAAAUAUUUGUCUAAUACGCGUUGGGAGAGUCGA